GUAUCCAGCACACAAAUCUCACGCAAUUCACAAACACUUGUAAGCACAGGCACUGCACGCAGGUAGACCAACCAUCACCAUGGCUCACUACCAGGAGGUGGACUACUGCUCCGAGGAGGUGAGGUCGGUGGCCAGCCCGGCCGGCUUCGGCCGCCACGGCGGCGUCCAGCAGCACGUCGUCAGGGAGAAGUUCGAGGAGGUCGACAGGGCGUCACGCACCGGCAGCCACGGCCGCCACCACCACCACGGCCACCACGCCCACGGCGGCUCCGGCCACUUCGUGGUGCGCGAGACCAAGGUCGAGGAGGAGGUCGACACCUGCACCGGCGAGUUCCACGAGCGCAAGGAGACCUUCGUCGUCAGGUCCGACUGAUCAGCUUCACGACGAUGCACGUAUCUGGCCGGGGUUGGACCGGAGGCACGUAUCGCAUACGUAUGUGCGUGUUCUCCGGUUGUAUGAUGUACAAGUUUGUGUGCAAGGUCUACCGUAUCCGCGUACUUUGCUGUCGUGCGUAUACACCGUACCCAGUCUCUGUACGUACUACCAAAAUAAGCUCGUGACCUGAAUAAAGCUUCUCCGUACGAAGUACAUGUA